AUGGAAGCAAAGAAGGAAAACAGCCUUGGACGUUCUCCCAGGGCAACUGUCAACCCCACUUGGGGGACGUUGGCCUCCCGCCGAGGAGGAACGUUCCCUGUGGAAGCUUGGGCUGCAGGCGCCCUUUUGGUUCCCCCGUCCUCGGACGCUCUCGCCGGGCGAGCUUUGAGGUUGGCUCAGGAAGGGUCGGCCGCCCGCGGCCCGGGAAAGCGCCAGCCCGGCCUGCCGAGGGCACUGAGGCCGGGGAGGCCGGGGGAAGACCCCCGUUAUCUGACAACGUUGCCAGCGGCCCUGAUAAGGUUCAGCAGAUUCCAAAAGAAGAAAAGGGCCAAGUCCCCCAUUUUCAAGAAACCACCGGAACCACAACUGAAGGACAGUUUGGAGCGGCCUCGUGGCUUGGGCUGCAUAGUCAUCCCCUGCUGCCAGCGUUUUAACAACGUUCGUUGCUUCUUGUUUGUCUACUGCACCCUAACCAUAUGUCAAGGUAUGGUAUUUGGUCUUGUAGAUGUGAGCAUUGCCAAUUUUCAGAAGGAUUAUUAUCUGAAAAUCAUUGAGGAAUCAGUAUUGCAAUUUAGUUAUGAUAUUUCAUCUGGCCUGAUAACAAUAUUUGUAGCAUACUAUGGAGGGAGAGAAAAAAAUACAACAUGGAUGGCAGUUUCCUCCUUUUUAAUUGGAGUUGGGUUACUUUUCUUUGCCUUUCCAUUCUUUAAUAAUAGAAAUUAUGAAUUUGAGGUAGAAAUAGAAGAUAUUUGCCAAGAAUCAAUGGUUAUCAAAACUUGCCAGAAAAGCACAUUAUCUUUCCAAUCAAAAUAUGUAUCUUUCUUCACCGUUGGGCAGACUGUGCAGGGAAUAGCAGGAAUGCCUAUUUAUAUCCUUGGAUUAACCUAUAUUGAUGACAGUGUUGCCACACACUCAUCUGGUACCUAUUUAGGCCUUGCAGAAGCUUCAGGAGUGGUUGGAUAUUCUCUGGAUUAUGUGAUAGAGGCACAAUUUCUGAAAGCCUCUGAGAAUAGCACUUCUGAGAAAAACACUAAAGAUGAUGGUUAUCCACAAUGGCUGUCAACUUGGUGAAUUUGUUUUCUUAUUACCACAUUUAUUGCAUGGUCUACAUCAAUGCCACUGUCAUGCUUUCCACACAAUAUACCAGGUAACUCAAGGAUGAAAGCUGGGAAAUGUAAACAACCUCAUUUGUUUGACAGCAUGCUUAAAGAUCAGAAAUUCAGAAGUGGUAAAAAAGAUUUAUUUGCUGCUAUUAAGGUUCUGAUUAAGAAUCAAGUAUUUGUUUGCCUAGCGAUGUCCAAAGCUAUGGAAUAUUUAGUUAUUAUUGGAGCUUCUAAAGUUUUGCCUAAAUAUUUAGAAAAUCAAUUUAUAUUAACACCCAAUAUGGCAACUACACUUGCAGGACUUGUUUUAAGAGAAGCAGUUGGCCAGAUUCUGGGAGGUGUCAUCAUUUCCCAGUUAGAAUUGUCCUGUAAAGCCCUUACAAAAUUUAUAAUAGUUACAUCGACUAUAUCACUUAUACUGCUUUGGUUUGUAAUUUUUGUAUGCUGUGAUCCAGUGACAUUUGCUGGGAUCAGUGAAAAAUAUGAUGGAGCAGGGCAGUUGGGAAACCUCACAGCUCCUUACAAUGAGAAAUGUAAAUGCUCGUCUUCAUUAUAUUCUUCUAUAUGUGGAAGAGAUCAUAUUGAAUAUUUUUCUCCCUGCUUUGCAGGCUGCAAACAUUCUAAAACAUUGCAUGGACAAAAGGUGCACUACAAUUGUUCUUGCAUUAAAGAGGGAUUAAUAAUUACAGAUGAGCAAGGUGAUUCUAUUGAUGCCAAAUCUGGGAAAUGUGAUACAAAGUGCUAUAAAUUACCUUUGUUCAUUGCUUUUAUCUUUUCUACACUUGUAUUUUCUGGUUUUUCUGCUGUACCAAUCACACUGGCCAUCUUCCGAAAAAGGCAAAGGACUGGAAUGACUAAAAUCCAGAGAGAGCAGAAUCUUCUGGAUGUGAGCUGGGCAUCUAAAGCUGUCCAUGAGGUAUUCGCCAAUUCUCAACGCCAGCUAGAUGCUGCCAGUCUGAACCAAGCUCAAGUAGAGAAUUUUGUGACCAAGCUGAAUGAAGUUCAUUUGCUCAUGUGCAAAGGAAAGCCAAACACCGAAACACCUGUCUUUGCAGCUGAAGAAAGGUUUAUUCACAAGGCAGCCAAGCAAGAAAACAGGAGAAAUAUGUCUCAGAUCCACCUUGUCUACCUCAGGAAAGAAGGGAUCUUUAUGGGGAAGUAG